AUUGAACCUGGACAGCCGGGGAAUGCUUGAGAAUUAUAUUGGAUCUUUGUUCCACUUACGAGGACUAGUACUACUCAUCGCUGUCCUAGCACAAUUAACACUGCAUCUGUCCUUCCCUAUGUUCUACCAACAAGAAGCACGCUUUCUCACUUCGUCUCCGGACACUUGCAGAGGAAAAGUCUCCCUUUGGGGUCCCGUGCUCGAUACACGAGAACAUUGUAUCCAACAAGAUCAUUAUCGCGUAUAUCAGCCAGCAAGAUGAGGAUCGGUACAAGCUUGUAAAAGACGACCACAAGGUGAUAGUUGAGGUGCUGAAGGAGCUCGUCCAGGGGAAGAAUAUGGGAAAUGGCGAAGCAGAGUGGAAACUGAAUGCUUUUCUGGCAGAGUGAAUAGCCAAG